AUGAAAAACUACCCAAAACGUCGCUGGUGGCACAAGAUAGGCCUGCUAAGUCUUGCUAUACUUAUCGCCGGACUUCACAUCAGUCUCCUAACUGCGGCUGUCGCUGCUCUGAUGCUCGAGACGACUGGGACCAGGUUUCGCGACAUCGCUGCUGUUUCAAUCCAACGAGCAUUGAGUCCAAGUCCUUACACAAUACUUCCUGCUUUGCUACGAGUUGCCAGUGUCAACCUAUACGAUUUGAAGAAUGUCAAUAUCGCUAGGCCUAUGCAAACAAAACUUCUCCCGAUCGGACUUGGACCGAACUCUACCCUUUCCGCGAAUGGUGUACUGCACUAUAGAUCCAGCCCUUCAGCGAACUGGCGAUUUGGCGAGAUGAAGCCUGACAAGGCCACCUCGACUGCUGAGAUUGCCGACGCAGGGAAUACACACCGCGCUCUCCUACCAUACAUGAAAGAAGAAACAGGGGUUGAGGAUGAAGAAGGAGGGUCGUUGAACCAAGACUUCGUUGAAGAAUGGUACCGAAGCAUUCAGUGUGUUUUGUCACGGAUAAUGCACCAGAGCUAUACGAAAUUAGUGACUGGGAUGACUAUUCCAUCCGAGCCUACAGUCGAAUGGCAACGGAACGGCAUUUCGAAGAGUAAUGAGCAACUACAGCAACAGCUCGGCAUUGGAGUUUCUCACAAAGACUACCGGGAUCGACAGAUUAUGAAGCUUGAGGUCGGAGUGCAUAACACGACCUACUCCAAGUCCAUGAGUAAGCCAUAUAAACUUUGCUUUUACCCAAGCGCUGUUGGGGUACUCACGCCAAGGAGGUUGGCGAUGACAGACUACAAGGAUCUCUAUGAGGGAACUGGAUUGGUUGUCCAAGACAUAUUGCGAGAGACGGGCGAUCCUGCGCUUGCCAUACAGGCCCUUGCCAUGAGGUUUCACUGCAUGAUCUUCUAUGACAGCAUGGCGGAGUUUGAUCUGCAGGAACCAGUCAUCACCAACUCCGUUGAGAUGUUCAUCCCAGUACAAUGGACUGUGUUGGCUAUAGUUCUCAGCCUGGUUAUCGUUCACUUACUAUUUCUGUGCAGCACCAUAAUACUGUUUAUAAUCAAGACAAGAGCGUCUGAUCUGGGCAAUGCUUGGCAGGCAGUCGCUCAAGUUGUCUCGACUGAAACGCGUGAGGUCAUUGAGGAGGCGACUGAGAUGAGGGAUAAACAGGUUGAAGCUUGGGCUAGGUCAUCGGGUGUUUCUAACCGAAUGUACACUGUAUCGAUGCUGGAAUUCAGGAACAGAACGGAGAUCGUAUAUCAAAAGAGCUAA